ACCUGACAAAACAAAUCGCAUAGCCAAAAAAGAGAGUUUCAAGCCCUGAAAUCAACUACAAAAAAGAAAAAAAAAACUUCUGCCAUUUCACCCCAUUUCCACUCCCUUUUGGGCUUUAGCACCCAAAUGCCUUUGGGAACUUCGCUGUUUCUGUUACCUUCGACUCUGCAUCUCUUUCAGGUAUUGAAAGAAAAUUUGAGUGUGCAACUUUAAGUUAAGCUAUUUUGGACGUUAAAUUUUCUGGCUUCUAUAAUAGCGUAAUUAAAUCUGAUUCUUAGUGCUGCUCUUCACAUGGCGACUGCUAUAUCGCCCUAUUUUACACCUUCAGAUACUAGAUCAAUGGCGGUACUUAAUGUUCUUGGAGGGAGAGUGGUAAUGGAGAAUCCUCUAGGGAGAGGUAGCUACCUUAAAAUGUGUGGUAGGAAAAGUGGGUUUUUAAGUGCUCGCCAAAUGUCUAUGAUGACUCGUUUUAGAUGCUCUGCCAACUCUCAUAGUGUCAGUCCGUAUCAAAAUAAAGACCCUUUUCUGAAUCUGCAUCCUGAAGUUUCAAUGCUUAGAGGUGAAGGGAACAAUACAAUAACCAACCCAAGAAAGGAUAGUUCUAGUGGAAGUGUCACCGAGAGCUUAAGAGACAUGUCUGGUUCAAGUAAUUAUAAUGAAGCUAAGAUCAAAGUUAUUGGUGUUGGAGGUGGUGGAUCAAAUGCUGUUAAUCGCAUGAUAGAGAGCUCAAUGAAGGGUGUAGAGUUCUGGAUUGUUAACACUGAUGUUCAAGCCAUGAAAAUGUCACCUGUCUUUCCUGAGCAUCGUUUGCAAAUCGGUCAGGAGCUAACUAGGGGUCUAGGUGCUGGUGGGAACCCAGAGAUUGGCAUGAAUGCUGCCAAAGAAAGCAAAGGGUCAAUAGAAGAGGCUCUUUAUGGUGCUGAUAUGGUUUUUGUUACUGCUGGAAUGGGUGGAGGGACUGGAACUGGUGGAGCUCCUGUAAUUGCAGGGGUUGCAAAGUCCAUGGGUGUAUUAACUGUUGGUAUUGUCACUACCCCUUUUUCUUUUGAGGGAAGAAGGAGGGCUGUUCAAGCACAGGAAGGAAUUGCUGCUCUGAGAGAGAAUGUUGACACACUAAUUGUUAUUCCAAAUGACAAGUUGUUGACUGCUGUUUCCCAGUCUACUCCAGUAACAGAAGCAUUUAAUCUGGCUGAUGAUAUUCUUCGACAAGGUGUUCGUGGUAUCUCUGAUAUAAUUAUGAUUCCAGGGCUAGUCAAUGUGGAUUUUGCUGAUGUGCGAACUAUAAUGGCAAAUGCAGGUUCCUCACUGAUGGGGAUAGGAACUGCUACUGGGAAAACAAGGGCAAGAGAUGCUGCACUAAAUGCUAUCCAAUCACCUUUGUUAGAUCUCGGUAUAGAAAGGGCUACUGGAAUUGUGUGGAACAUAACUGGUGGAAGUGAUUUAACCUUGUUUGAGGUUAAUGCUGCGGCUGAGGUUAUCUAUGAUCUUGUGGAUCCAACUGCCAAUUUAAUAUUUGGAGCAGUAAUAGAUCCAUCACUUAGUGGCCAAGUAAGUAUAACUCUAAUUGCUACUGGAUUUAAACGUCAAGAAGAAAGUGAAGGGAGGCCCCUUCAGGCAGGUCAGCUAGCACAGGGAGAUAUUGGUCUUGGAAUGAAUCGCCGGCCUUCUUUUAGUGAAGUUGGUACAGUGGACAUCCCUGAGUUCCUGAAGAAGAAAGGACGUUCACGCUAUCCCAGAGCUUGAAUGGUUCUCUGCAUAGUGUCUCAACCAAUGUAGUUAUGCCUCGCUCUAGUCCUCUUUGUUACUGGUUUCUGUUUUGGGCUAAUUAGUGCGUAUACUUUUUUUCGAAAGUAUAGCAUGUUAGUAGUUGGUUCUACAUAGUUUGUUUCAUUACAUCGCAAGCAACUACCUCCACCCCCUUUCAAUAAGUUACAGUAACAGUAAAUUUCCCGAAGUUUAGGUUAGAGCUUGUUUCAGGACCAUGAUGAAAUAAAAUUUUGAGUAGCUUGUACAGAGUGCAUCUGAUGAAAGUAAAGAUGAGAUUACUCAUGUGUUUUAUCCAGUGGUAAUAUUGGUUGUGUUAAUGUGAUC